AUGUCGUCAGUACUUGUCAGUAUCAAACGAGCCGGUCUCAGGCUAUUGGCGUGUUUCCAAGUUGUGGCGACACCGAUCAGCCUGCCCAUAACAGUAGAUUCUCAACAAGAUCACCAGAACGUGUUAAUGAGCGACCAACACCGUCUUUCUGAACAGCUUCAGCUGCUCUAUCACUUCGGGUACUCAGAUAUUGAUAUGCGUUAUCAAGAUGUCGGUCAUUUUAGCAACAGGCGUAGGCGGAAAUGGAAUUACACCAAAUCCACCAUUCGCAUUCUCGACACCAUCGCGGUCGCACUGACCACCGGCCUGGCCGGAGAUGCCUACGCUACUGCAUUCGACACUAGUGGGGGUCUCACGCUUGUAUUGGCAAAAAACGAACCUGUCACGCAUGACGACGAUCGCGCUGUUCGUGAUUUGUUCAUGGUGGUCACCGCUCCCCAGACUUCAGAGCCACGGGACGUUUACCCUUUCCUAUUUACUCGUUGCGGGGCAAACAUUGCGAAGCGGAUCGCGAAGAUAGAUGACGCUGUGCGCGAUAUCUCCCCUGCCAUCGAGGAAGUCUUAAAGCACUACACACCCGAGCACUCCAUCGACAAAGAGUUUCCCCACUCUGCGCUUUAUCUCGAUCUCCAGGGUAGGGUUAAAGAUAUCAACUUAGAGAAUCUAUCAGCAACGCCAGAUCUCUGCAUCAAGUACACACACCUUGUGCUCGUCGCCCUCGUUCUCAAAAGGUCCCUUCUGCUACAUUCGCUCUGCGAACCCACCGGGGCCAUGGAUCGCAACCGCAAACUGCAAGCGGAACAGCUGAAACGCCGCCUUGCUAAGGUCUGCCAGUAUUAUGACGGUAUUGCAGACCUCAUCACGUAUACGAGGCGCUAUUUCCCACAAGGCAUUGCACAUCGCUGGGUCGAUCCGAUUCGUGACACGGGCGAGACUACAGUUAAUCUAGAAGGGAACUACUUGGGGGCCAUCGAACGGGCACUCGGCGGUGUUUCUCCCUCGACGGAUACUCUAACCACGCUGCGCAGGAAGUUCCCGAACAUGGGAGGGUCGUGGAGCGCGAGUCGUUCCAUCACGACUCGACUCCACGCCGAAAUCCGCAUCCUACUUCAUCUCAGCAAACCUUUCGAUGCUUUGGACCACUCUCAGCAGCAGCCUAUCGGAUACGGGCGGAGCGAUGUUGAUAUAGCUGUCAUGAACGGGAUCCAGCAACGCCUGACUCGGACUAUUGCUCAGCUAUUUCCAAACCAGAGGAGGCUCUCGGAUGAACAUCGGUCGAGCGGGUCGGAAUCAGAGGGAAGUGACUCGGGAGAGGAGAUGACGAAGGAACAGGAACUGAACUCUGGAGUGUCCUGUCAGAACUGGAAACGUUAUUUUUAG